ACUUCACUGUUAUUUUUAUGACCUCAAGCUAUUUUGUUUUGUAGUAGUAAUAGCAGUUUUUUUGUUUUAUUGUAACAGUAGUUGCUUGUUUUACAUCCAGAGGUCCAGUGUAAAAAGGAUUGUAAAUACUUUUGGGAAAUGGCCUGUAUGAUUAGACAAAUUCCUGUGAGAGUAUCUUCUGUGAGUACUUGCGUUGCAGGUUAGAGCUCCAUUUUUAUAUCAGGCUCUUUGAGACUUGUCUUAAUAUGUAGUUACACUGGCAAAACCAUAGGAUGGAUCACUUUGUAAGGUAAUGCAGGAAGAAUAGCUACCUCAGUUUCCAAACAAAUUGGUUAAAUUGUCCCAAACAUUCAACAGCAAGUGUUGUGUACUUACAUUUAGCACAACUAAUAACUGAGAACCUAAUAAUUAAAUUGAAAGAACCCCAUAAUUAAAUAGGAAGAAAAUACUUUAAGAAGGGCAGAACACAUGCAAAGAGCUUGAUCUAGAGGAUUGCUGAUUAAACACCAGAGAAGCACAAGAAGAAAAACACCCUCAACAAACCCAGACCAUUAAUACAAGCCUUAACUGUCUCUUGAGACCGUUGCUUCGUUUGUAGGUUGUCUGUCAAUGCCCCUUCACUGCUUGGACUGGUAGGCUUCAAAGUACUUGUUAUCUGGCAAGAAAAGAAAUUCAGUGGAGACAGUGGCAAGCAAUUAUCUCCCAGGUUCUAGCAGGAAGUUGAACAGUGAUUUUCUAUUCUAAGGCUUAAUAACUGAAGUCAUUACUCUUUAACUGAGGCUUUUGUGGCAAGUACUGUAGAGGAUUAAGCCAGUCACAAGCAGAUCUUGAGGAUGUGAGGAAGGAUGUUCUUUGAGAGGUGUCAGCUUUCAAAUUUCAGAUUUUAGGCUUUUUUUAAUCUCCUCUAAACAAUUCAAAAAACACUGACUUUAAUAGUUUGCUGAUAGGCUUUCUCAAGUUCUGUCAGUCUCUCCAGGUUGUUAAGAUGCAAGCAUUUGUUUUCAGUUGUGACUUUGGAGCUGGGCUAUGAUCCAGUCUGUGCUCUUAAACUUUUGUAUUGGAGAAGAGCUAAUACUGGUUACAUAUAAACAAAUGGUUGCAAGGUACAGUAUUUUUAGGCUGUCUCUAAAUACAAAUUUAUUUUCAAGGAUAGUUAUUAGUACUGAUACUUGAAGGUACUGCUUCAGGUGUUUCAUUUUACUAUAUGCCAGCCAGGCAGAAUUGCCAGUACUUUUAGAUCUCUUAUGGCAAUUUUUAAUUUUUUUUUUCUUGUUUUCUCCCCAGUCUUCUCUUCUUUCAUUUGACAAUUUAUUAAUCAGUUCUGUUUGGUACAUACUAAAAGUGGGUGCUUCCUGUAUUUAAUUAUGCCUUUGAUAGAUCUAAAAACUGAUUUGGAUGUUGGUGGUUUCAUGCUUUGCUGAUUCUCUUUUUUAUUUUUUUUUUCAGUCUUCAGUUUCCUUGUGGGAUAGUUCUCCAGGAAAAGAGCUUUUUGUAGUUUGCACCAAGUCCUUAGAUUCUAAAGUCUCUUUCUUCUGCAAAGCAAAGCUUACAAUAAAUUAAAAGUGGAUUCUCAAGUUGUAUGUUACAAUGUAGAAGUUAAACAAGGACUUUUUGGUUAUCAUCCCAAUAAACUAUUUUGCCUAAAUAUCUAACCACUCUGUUACCCCCUCCCCCCUAACAAUUUUAAGUGUAUUUAACAAAUUGUCUAAAUAGAGAAAUAUUAUCUGAUGAGUUGCUAGUCCUGUCUUCUGAUGUCUACAAAGCCAAACAUUGCUCUUUUGGCCAGUGAUCUUAGGGCCAGGUGGAGAAAAGAAGCAUUCUAAACUGAAGAAUGCAGAAGCUUUUCACUACUUGUGGAACUUCUGCUCCUUUGAAACAGCCAAGAAACUUGUUUUCAUUCAGUUUUAGUGGAUUCAGCCAACACAAAAUUCUUAAUUCUUAUGUUUUCAGAUACCUUUAAAACUCUUUGGUAGUUGAUCACAUUGAGGAUUACUGCUUGAUCCUCUUUCGAAUGAAAGAAGAUAAUGCCUGGUAUUAAUUGGUAUUGAGCUGUAGUUCUGUGCUGUAUUGUAAUGCUUUGGAAAUAGUAGUGUUUAGAAAGGGGAGCAAAACUCUUUGAAUUUCAGUGGUAAUUCUAUUGCAUUUCCUAAUUUUUGUGUAUAUUAUUUUUUUAAAGGGGAUGUACUUUUUUACAUUUAUUCCAUACUGAAAGAAGAAUAGCAUACAGAAUAAUGGCAACAGGAGACCUAAAUGGAAGUUUAAGAAAAAUGGAACAAGGACUUCGCUUGUUAAGUUAUCCCAGAGAUGUGGAUUAUACAGUGUUAGUAAAGGGUGAUCCAGCUGCAUUUUUACCUAUCAUCAACUAUUGUUUUACUUCUUUUUCAACCUGCAUAGCAGAGCUUUUGGUAAAGUGUGAUGUGGAACUGACAGCAAAGAGUGACUUGCGUUUUAUUGAAGCUGUUUAUAAGUUUCUUCGAGAUCAGUUUCAGUAUAAACCAAUUUUAACAAAAGAGCAAUUUCUUCAGUUUGGCUUUGCGGAAAGAAAAAUGCAGAUUGUUUGUGACAUUAUCAACUCUGUGGUGAAAAAACAUAAGGAAUUGAGUAACUCUAAUAAGGUUAAAUCCCAAACAAGGAAAAAACUCAAACCUUUUAAAUAUGAAAUAUGGUCAAAUUGUGGUAAAGGCCUUGCUGAUCCUGGUGGCAGCGCUCCGAAUUCCAAACAGCCUCUAGUAGAGCGACACUCAGGAAAUGAAGUUAGUGGUGACGUUCAUCCACUACCCCUUCCAACACAGAGGGGUAACGAGGAGGAAUUGUGCCUAGAUCAUGAUAUUGUGGAAGUUAAAUGUGACCAAGUCAUAGAAGGUAAUUCUGAGAUUGAGUUUUUAAAGAGUCAGCUUGCUGAUUGCCAGGAAAAGCUUCAUAAGCUAGAUUGGAUAGAAGAUAAACUACAAGUUUUAGAAGAGAAACUGCAAGGAAAGGUGAUAAUAGAUGAGAAGGACUGGAAUAACUUGUUGAAUCGAGUUUUGCUUCUUGAAACAGAACUGUUGUUACAAUCCAAAAAGAGAGACUUACCUACAGAAUCCAGCAAUGUAAGCUGGACAUGUACUUCCAAUAGCAUUCCAGUUUCUCCUGAUACAGAGAGGAAUGAGGAGAUGCCAGAGAGUCAUCUUCAGUCCUCUGGAUGCAGUUCACUAUUAUCCACAAACCCAUCUCCCAAAGCCAUGACCAUUAAUUCUCAUGAUCUGACAGACAUUUCAAAGGAGACAAUAAGACAAAGAAUGGAAAAGAUAAGUAAAAUAAUUGAAGAAACCUUCAAAUUGUUGAAAACAUCAAGCCCACCUCUGAGAAUACCUGAAAGCACAGGUCGUGAGAUCUGGUCUGUGCAGACUUAUGGAUACCAGGAGUAAUAUGUAUGUUUAUACAGCAUUAAAUUUUUAAAAUAUCGAAUUUGUAAUGAUCACUAGUGCUUUUAUUUCUUUGAAUAAAUAUUUUUCUGAUGUA